GUAGAGGAAAACUUAUGCUUUCAUUGGCACAACAUCAGAACACAUUAGUAAGUCUUGAUCAUGGCUAUGUUGUUACUUCAGAAGAUGUAACAAGUUGCCCAGUGUCUCCAUUAAUAGAGAUUCCUAACAUUCAGGAACAAGCACCCAGGAACAGCAGCCCUGCGGCUUUUCUAACUGAAUUACAGAACCAGAAACCGGACAUCAUCUUCCUGCUGAAAUUGUACAAGAGGACUGUUCAUCAAACAGCAGUUUAUUUUCUGACAAUGAUCUGGAUGAUCCCACUUAUGUACCCCAGGAGAGUUCAGAAAGUGAAAUAUCUUUUAGUGAUGUCAUUGAGAUAUCACAACCUACAACAGUUGAUACAAAUACCGUACCUACAGCCGUAUCAAAUCAAUAUAAACUUGUUCCCUACAGUGAUUCUGAUUCAAAUGAUGACAUGAUAAAUAUUCCUGAAAAGGGCAA